CAUUCGGUCGAAGAGAACAAACGUGAAAAACAGAGGGUAUUCAAGCUUCUGGAGGCUAAAAUAAACGCCGUUCUGAAGGAAGAGAAGAGCAAGGAUGAGAAGAAAGAAAAGGAUAAGAAGUCGGGGGUUACAAAAGGAAAGGAGCUGAAAAAGGAUGUAGAAACCUCUAAAGAGGCGGAGAACAAAGACAAAGAUCAAAAGAAGGAACAGAAGAUUGAGAAGGAUGAAAAGCAAGACAGCGAUUCAAGCUCUGAAAGCAUACGAAGAUCUCGAAACGAGAGAAGCGAGUGAGACUGAAAAAAUAAGUAUUAUGCAGCCAAUUAUUUUGGACUCUGAGAUCGAAAGUGGUAUGACUAUCAGUAUGAAAAGUGAAGUAUCUGAAUCAACAACCGAAGCUAAUAUGACCAAUUAA